GAGAGAGAGAGAGAGACGGUGGAAAGAAGAAGAUGAAGAGCGACGGGGGAAGCUAGGAACCUCAAUUUCAGUACGUGAAAGGUACGGGUCCAAGAAAGAAGAAGGGUUGUUCUAGUGCACAACUUUUGAAAAAAUCACAAACAACUCAAGAAGAUGGUGGCAGCUCCCAGGGAGCGACCCAAGCUCAGUAGCUCCCCACAUCACCUACUGAACAAACUGACAUGUUUUGCAGCCCACAUACGGUUGUUGGCUCCGUGGCAACUCCUGCAAUCCCUUCAACAGUGUCACAAAAUCUCAAAUGCAAAAGAGGCCCUACCAAGCUGAAAACGAUUGCUGUAGAUGGAGGUAGUCGGAUUGAAGUUAAGUUUGACGAGAAUGGUCAACCAAUCGGUGAUGGAUCAAUCAAGUUGUCUUCUUUCUUAGGACCUCUAGUUCGAGAGAUUGUACCAUAUACAAUUUCAGAUUGGCGAAAGCUUCCUACGGGAAUGGCAGAAAUCCUAUGGCGAUCCGUUAAGGUGAGAUUCAAUCUUCAUGAAGAAUGGCAUAGAGAAAUGGUUUUUCAGAGAAUGAAUGAAGAUUGGAGAGCCUCAAAGUCGACAUUAGUCAGAAAAGUAAGAAAUGCUUCAAAUGAGGAAGAAAGGCUAAAGCUACAGCUUGAUAACAUCAAAUCGCUACAAGAUUGGAAGGAUUUUGUGAAGGAAAAGACUAGUGAACAAUUCAAGGUUAGAAGCAAUAAAUUCAAAGGUAUGAGACAGAAACAGUUGGAGCUGCAGCAUACUAUGAGUCGUAAGGGAUAUGCAUGGUUGACUGCUGAGCUGAAAAAGAAAAAAAGAGGUGUCCUCCAUAAGUAGAGCUGUUGUUUGGGCUGAUGGACAUACAAACAAGAAAGGUCAACCCGCAAACAAAAAAAUUGCUCAAAAGAUUGUAAGGCCAUGGCUCAUUCUUUAUAUGUGUGUUUUAUUGGUUAUAUAUGUUCACAGUCUGGUCGUAGUCAUUUACAUUGGUUUAUUGUUAUGCCAUUUUUAGAAACAGAUGGAAAAAAUUGAACGGGAUAAACCAAACUCAUCUUCAACUAAUCCAAAAGAAGAUGCUCUUUCUCAAGUGCUUGGUCCCUAGAAGCGUGGCCGGUUAAGAAGAUUUGAAAAAGGAGUGAC